GUGUCCUGGGAUGGUCAAAAGGCGGUAGGGCUGAAGCGGUAACGGAGGCCUAUAGCGCUGUAUAGUCUGUUUAUAUGAUGGCCAUGGCGCUGGCGCCAUUCAUCACUGGUAACCAAGGAAAACGCUUCUACGCGUUCGAGAAAAUAUAUGCCUAGCACCAGGAAGCGGAAAUGUCAUUGUUUAUCGACAGCUAUGGCCACGCAAACCAGCCCUUUUCGUCACCAUGAAUACUUUCCCCCGAGUUGAGACUACUGAUAUACAUGAGUCACAAGGCACAAAGCUAAACCGGAAUGACCUUUCUGCCGGGAAUAUAUACGAUAGCUAUAUGUACUAUCUACUACUCCUGCGGGAGCAUAUACCCGUCGAGCAGGUUGUCCUCAAGCUCGACAGUAUAUUCCGCCGGGCCGGCGGCGCUGGUACUAUGUUCUUGGGAGACGAACAAACGCACUGCGGUCGGACCAUCAAAGUUGAGGAAUACCUCACCACUCAACGGGCAAUUCUCCAAGACUACGCUGUGCUUCUGCAGGCACAAGCCUCCGAUGAUCCGAUCGCGCAGAGGACACCUCUGCCCAGAUUAUUCCCAACGUGCUCUGUGCCGCGCAUUUGCACACAGUGUAGAGCGCUCAAGCUCCCUUGCAGCUUGCUUGCAGCCGAGAAUCAGGUUCCUUGCGUGCGCUGCGUGUUAGAGGGCCAUUCGUGCCUGCUGGAGACCUCAGAGCGCCGAAGGAGAAUCGUGCGGAACCCCGCCAGGCGUGCGUCCUGAUCGGGCUAGAUGCCCAACACUAUUCUACUCAGAUCGUAUCAGAUGAGUGGGUACAUGCCUGGUAAGCCACAACAGCAGUUUUUGGUCAAAGGCCACCUCGUCUGCAAGGCAGACUGGAACUAUUCGAAGAACCACGGCGGGCAGAUGCGUAGUGAGGC